UUUUUUUUUCCGACGCUGCCUAACAAUUUUCCGUCUGCCGAAAGGCGGGAACCGGUCAGCAGGCUUAGGACCCUAGCGAUACGAGGUCCGGUGAUGGACAAAGGCGACGUCUGAGUCGAAGUGGCUGUCACCAGUGAUUCGCGUCAGGCUCGUUGGGCGACACAAAAUCCAGUUGGGUGGCUGCAUAAAGCAAUAAUCAAUAUUAGCAAAUGGUCAGCUGAUGCAUCUCUUUGUUUUGUUUUCUUGGGUUUGAUGGUUUCCUCCGUCGGCCAGUGUCGAAACAGAUGAAGGUUGAAAACACAGCACGGAUACAGCAGAGAUUGAUUGCGCCGGUCGACUUGCAAAGGAGAAAUCAAUAAUGCUCCUUGUUGGUAAGCUGGCAGUGGGCAGGUAUUUCUGGCUGAGACACGACCAGGUGGUUGGCCGGGAGCGUCCGGCAUGCGCGAAGCUAAGCAAAGAAAGGUGUAGGACUCACAUUAAUCUCGGAAGUACAACGCGCGCAAGAGCACAGGCUCUUGGUACUUGGUUCCAAAAGGACCCGAUGAAGAGGGGGAAAGGAUGCAAAAGGAUGCAAAAAGGUGAUGAGUAAACGAGGGUGGAAAAAUUAAAUAGAUGGAUGGGCACGAUGCAAGAAAUGUUAUAGUACUCGGUAGUGAAAGGGGGAGAGUCAAAGAAUACAAUAGAAUAAAAUGCCCAAAAAGUUACAAGUAGCGAUAGAUGAUGCCAGAAGAAGCGCAAGCAAAAGCCAAGAGACGGCGCGGAGAGCGAAAGCCCGCCAACCCGCCCCUAUCCCUGCUUUGCGCUGCCGUCCCCUUCUGGCGUCCCUGGCCGCACACGGAGAAUCCAGCGCCUCUUGUCGCUAGCCAUUGCGGUGGAGGGCAGGGAAGACUGGAUGCGAAUCAGGUGGUGUGGUUGGCUUUCCGGCUGCGACAGGCGUGCUGGGAGAUUGCCCGGGCCUCUGACGGCGGUGGAACGGGUUCUGGCCACUGGGCGGGCACAAGCACAGCGCAGCAACAGCAACGACAGCAACGACAGCAACGGCACGGGACAGCAGCAAUCGGCGACGCUCGCUCCAGCACAGCACCAAGAAUGCUUGUGCCGCGCCGUAGCUGCUGCUGCUCGCUGCCCUCAACGCUCCUCAGAUACGAGUGCCUGGAGCAUCAGCCCGGGCGGCAACCGUGUGGAGGCUGGGGCUUAGUCCAGUUAGCGGGCGGUUAUCACGGGUGGAGCUGGUGGGCUGGCUUUCAGUUGAUGCACCGUGAGGUACGAGCCCGUCAAGUACAUGAGCAGCACGAGUGGGAUCCAUUCCACUGGAACCCAUCGCCGGAGGUGGUGGUUUAUUUUGGUCCGGCAUACUCCCUUGCCGGACAAGGCCGCCAGCGACACGUUCAUGAUCUCGCGGGUUACGACCUGAUCAGCGAGGCGCAAGAGAUUUGA